GAAUUACCUACCAGCGCUCCUAUUGAAUUGAAUUUUGUACAGAAAUUAUGCUAUAAGGAUACAUCCUACAAAGUGGGAAUGAAAAGGUUCUGAGUUUGAAUGCUUUAGAAGAUUUUCCAGCUGGACUAGUUAAUGUUAAUAUAUACAGUGGAGAUACCAUUCAUGCCACUGCAGUGAUUGAAUACUACACAGCAGUUGGAGAGAUUGAGCUCCUGCUUAAGAAAGUAGCUGAUCCAAUAGAGUUCAUUUGUCAGGCUUUUAAGGUUUAUAACUUAGAAGAUCUUGAUGUGGUAUUGAUGAAGUCACUGCAGAACAAGAUAUCUUCUUGUGAACUUAACCUUCAUGAAAUCCGUCAACAUACAGACAAUGCCAGUUUGGAAGAAAUCCCUACACUUCUCCACUGUGCAGCGAAAUUUGGCCUUAAAGAAGUCACACAUUUACUAAUGCAGUGUCCUGGAUCAGAUCAUAUUUCAAGAAUAACUAAUAAAUAUGGAGAUGACCCAGCUGCAAUAGCUGAGAAACAUGGACAUAAACAUAUUCAAGAAAUUAUCAACCAACUGCCAAACACUGCAAAAUCUACUGGCUAUGAAACAUUUGCAGAAGAGGAGAAACAUGAUCAGGAUGAUGUCUAUAUUGACAUGGAACCCAGUGCUGCUCAAAAAUCCAUUUCCCUGACAUUUGAAAAUGCUCAGGAAGACAAAGAAGAGCAACAUAAAGUAAUAGACGAAGAUGCAAAUAUUCAUCAUGAACUGGAAUAUACUGAAGAAAAAGAAAACCUUCAUUCUGUUGAGAGCAAUUCAUAUGAAACAUUAAAUGUGGAAGAUGAUUAUUGCUUUUCAGUCCCUGUUGACAAUGCCACAGAUGAAAAUUACCAGAGCAUAACUGAGAAGGAUGAGGAACUGUGUUGGAAUGCUGCUGACAACAACAGUAAUAUAGAGAAUGGAUUUGACACUAAAGAUGAUGAAGACAUGCACAAAGCUGAAGAUUUUAUUGGCAAUAUCUGUGCAGAUGUAAAAGACACUUCUUGUAAAGAAGAUAUGCAAGAAAAUAAGUGUUUUCCUACAAACGUACUGCAGUCUACUGACCCAUUGUUUAAGAAUGCCAACACAAUAAAUGAGGAUGGUAUCUUACAUUUUUCACCAGAGGAAAGAGACGAGAGCAACAACAAUUUUGAGCGCGAUAAUAUUUUCUGCAAUAUACCAGACUCACAUUCUGACGAAACAUUUGUGCUUGCUUCGACUGAUGAUGAUUUGUACUUAGUCUUUGAAACUGUCGGUAAAGAAAGAGAAAAUAGUGAAAAAUCAUCAUUUAUAAAUAGAGAUUGGCACCCGAAAACAUCAUUACUUUCAAGACAAGAUAAUGAAGCAUGUUAUGUAGAUCAAGAGGAAAGAGACAAAAAUGUAGAAAGAAUUCAUGAAACUAUUUCAUGGAAUGAGCUGGAUGAGAUGACUGAGGAAACAAAUGAAGAUCAGACUCAGCAAUUUGUAUUUGCUUCCACUGAUGAUAAUUUGUACUUAAUAUUUGAACCAAAAAGAGAAGAAAAAGCAUCUACUGUACAUAGAGAUUUAACUUCAGAACCAUGUUUUUUUCCAUACCAAGCUGAUGAAACAACACACAUUUCUCAAGCUGAGGGAAGAGAAGAAAAUUACAGUGAAGAUAUUGAAUGGAAUGAAACUGCUGAAUACUUUGAGGAAGAUCCAUAUACAUGGACAUCUGUUGAUGAAAAUGUGUACACAGAAUCUCCUAACUAUGACAGUGAAAAAGAUUAUAAAUAUUCACAAAGAGAGAUGAAAUCUUUCAUAUUAAAUAGAUCCCCUGCUUCAGUGUCUCAGUCAGGACUAGUUGCAGAGACUGAAGCAUCUUACAUGUCUCAAGAAAGAAGAAAGGAAGAUAGCCAUGAAAAUAUUUUGUGGGAUGAUCAGGGUGAGCAAAUUGAUGAAGAAAAUGAAUAUAACAUUGAGGAGGAAGAUCCAUACAGCUGUGCGUCUCCUGACAAUAGUAUAUAUAUGGCACUACCAUACGGAAGUAAUGACGAAGAAAUACAAAGAGGAAGGUCUUUCAUUGUACACAGACCUCCAGCUCCAGCACCUCGACCAUGCCAACCAACUAUUUCUGAACCUGGAUCAUCAUACAUCUCUCUUGUUUUUCGAGAAAAAGAAGAGAAGAAAAUGUAUGGCUCUGUCCAACCAAAAGUGGUUCAAAAGAAAGAAGACAAGAAAUUAUACAGCACGGUUAAACCUAAAGACAGAAUUCAUAAUGCAGGUUCUGAAUACUCUGCUAUGCGUUCCCAAAGUGUAACUAUGGAUCAAGACGAGUUGAUAUUAUUACAGGAGAAGGUGAAAAAAGGACUUAUCAGCGUAGACGAGGCACUUCUUAAAUUCCAACAGUGGCAAAGUGAAAAGAGUGAAUUAGAUGUUCUUCAACAGAAAAAAUUGCAACAACUCCGUCACUGUAUCAUCGGAGAUAAACCAGAAGAUGACAAAUUAUAUGAUAAAAUUACCAUUAUUCACCAACCAACAGCACAUACUGGAAAGAAAAACACAAAAUGUGGGAAUUUUGAUAACAGUAUAUAUUCAAUGCCUUCAAAGCCAGAGACUCCCUCUAGAUAUUAUAAUCCAAUAAAAAAAGAUAAUGACACAAACGGAAAAUCACCAAGAGCAAAGUAGCUGAAGGUUCUGAAAGAACAUAGCUACAGAAAAACAGAUGAAGUAGGCAACUUGUUUCUGGAUAAAGAUGUGUUUGUAUAGGAAAUGUUUACAAUGUUUUGCAUUUAUCCUAUUUGGACGGAUGAAAGCUAACUUGCUUUAUAUUUAGAUAUAUUUGUACAUUUAGAGGCUUAAUGGCUAUUUUUGCAAAAAGACGAUGGGUUUUGUGAGGUCCAAAAAAUUGCAAUUUUGUGUAAUUUCAUCUAUUUUUUUAAACAAAUACUCUGUCAAUUAAAAGGAUGGGCUGACAUACACAGUUUAACUUUUUCAAUAGAAACACUGCUCUUUCGCCCCUUCAGAAAUGUUUUAAAAACCUUUGUGAUAUAGUUUUAUGAGAGCAAAAGUCCUUGUGAGAUCAGCAAUUUCUGCAUGCUAGUGACAAUAUUGAAGCAUAGCGAGAAUUAGAUUGGUGUAUACGCAGCAUGCAAGUGCUAGCCUGUCUCUCAAGCAUGUGCACAGUGCAUACCUGCAGCUAUGAAUACAGAAAACAAGCAGAUCGCCAUUCAUUCACCUGCACACGAUGGCAAUAAUGCCUUUAUAUAAAAAGUGAGAGCAGAUACCUAAAGAAUUCAACACUGGCAUCAGACAGUAUACAUCUAAUAAUCUAGACCUAAUUAGACUGACUUUGUUUGCCAUAGUGGCAAUUUGUAGUUCACUAGUUGAUUGGGGUAUCCAACCUAUUAAUAUGAGGUUCCACAAUGGAAAUUUUUUCUUCUGGUGAGCCUAUUUUGCUGAGCCAAACAAAAAUGUAUAUUUCUACAUAAGCAAAUGUAGUGAUUAAUUAUUUAACACAUUAAUCACAAACCUAAAUAUAUUGCCCUGUAUAUACACUGUAACAUCACAGACUAGAUAAAAAGCAUUGAAAGGCCCAGUUGUAUUACUGCAACAUAUGACCUGGUUUCUAAUGAUGUGGUAAGCCGUGUAAAGUGGUGGGAACAUAGAACAUAUCCUUAGAUUUGCAGAUACCUCCAUUUAAUACAGUUAAAAAUCACAGUUAGAUAUCCCUGAUAUAUUCCAUCAUUAAAGUAUGCGUGGGAAUUUUUUAGAAAGGGAAAAAGUUGAACAGCGGUUUAACUGAUAAAACAUCAAUGUUUUAUUAAAUGCACUUAUCAAAUUAAAAUAAAGUAAUCAGCUCACAGCAAAACUGUCCAUUUUAAGAAUGACUGCUUACGCGUUUCGACUUACGCUGUAUUUAUAGCUAAAAGCCAUAAGUGCACAUCACACAUUUAAAAGGAAUACUGAAACCUGAUCGGUUCAGAAUGUUUUAGACCAGUAGUUAAUACAAAAAUACAAUAUUGAUCUCAGGCACUACUAUGUGUUUAAGUUUUACAUUUCAAUUGUAUGCUGUCUGUCUCAAUUAUGAAAUUGUCUGUACUAGAAAAUGUUUCAAAAAUGUUUCAAGAGUAGAACUUCUUUAUAUUGUGAUUGUAACCAUACUUUUACGAUAGAUUUUGACAAUUUUUCUUAUAUACGUGUAUUGUUUGUCCCCAAUUUCCUAAUCCUAUUACAUUAAAACUGUAAGAGUCAUAAACAUGGAAAUAAAAAGUGUUGCACUUA